AAUGCGCAUGCGCCAAGCCGUGACGUGUCGAUAAAGUGUCAAACAGAAGGAUGUAAAAAUGAUCGAAAACACUCAGGAAAAACGUAAUAAGAUACUUAGUCGUCGCGCACCGCGGCAGUUUGGAUAACGUAACCGUUGGAAUCAGCCGUUACGGUUAACGUUACGGACUAACCCCCCCCCCUCUUCGGUGGAGCGGAGGAAAUACGUUUAACUCACUUUUGGACCCGCGAGAUUGACGUCGAGCUAACUUAGCUAGUUAGCGACAGUUGAGCUAACCGGAGUCGGUGACGUAGCCAAACUCAACGGUAGCAUGGUAACGUUACCGGGCUCAUUUAACACACGACCAUGUAGUGAACGUGAACCUGUCGGUGUACAACGUUAGAAGCCACAUCGGUUAGUUUGGGGAGUUAGUUAGCGCGGUGACGUUAACGGACCCAGCCGGUAGCGCGGUGACGUUAACGGACCCAGCCGGUAGCGGUUAACGGACCCAGCCGGUAGCGGUUAACGGACCCAGCCGGUAGCUGUUAACGGACCCAGCCGGUAGCGGUUAACGGACCCAGCCGGUAGCUGUUAACGGACCCAGCCGGUAGCUGUUAACGGACCCAGCCGGUAGCUGUUAACGGGACCGACCCACGGAGACAAAGAUGUCCCGGAGGCGGCUGGACAGUCGCAGCGGGCUCGCAGCCGGUCUGCUCGGCGAAACCCAGACCCCCAUCAGCACGGAGCCGAUGGAAAGUGUGUAUGAAAUCACCGGAGAGCUGGGGAGGGGGAAGUUUGCGGUGGUGAAGCGCUGUGUGGAGAAGGCCACGGGGAAAGUGUUCGCCGCCAAGUUUCUACGGAAGAGGAGGCGAGGCCGCGACUGCCGUGCCGAGGUCAUCCACGAGAUGGCCGUCCUGGAGGCGGCCCGCAACAACGCCCGGGUGGUCAACCUGCACGCGGCCUACGAGACGGACCACGACAUCGUCCUACUGCUGGAAUAUGCGGCCGGUGGAGAGAUAUUCGACCACUGCGUGUCUGAGGAGCUGCUGCCAGAGUCCCAGAUCACUCGUCUGAUCAGGCAAACUCUGGAGGGAGUCCACCAUCUCCACCAGAGCAGCCUGGUGCACUUAGACCUCAAGCCGCAGAACAUUCUCCUGACCAGCCUGUGUCCUCCCGGAGACAUAAAGAUCGUAGACUUUGGCCUGGCACGCAGACUGGGUGCGGUUGGAGAGCUCAGAGAGAUUCUUGGCACACCUGAAUAUGUGGCUCCUGAGAUCCUGAAUUAUGAGCCAAUCACAACAGCCACUGACCUAUGGAGUGUGGGUGUUAUAUCCUACAUGCUGGUGACGGGCGAGUCUCCGUUUGUCGGGGACGACAAGCAGGAGACGUACCUGAACGUGUCCCAGGUCAACGUGGACUACAGCAGGGAGGCCUUCUCCAGGGUGUCUGAGCUGGCUGUGGACUUCAUCCGCAAGCUGCUGGUCAAAACCCCCGAGGACCGGCCCAGCGCUGCCGAGUGCAUGAGCCACCCCUGGCUGUGGCAGCUCUGUCUCAGCCCGGACUGCACCUCCACCCGCACCGUCCGCGAGAGGAGCUGCGGCACCAAGUGGGCCGCCUCCCCCGAAGACCCCGAGGACAAGGAGAACUUCCUGGAGUCGCCCUCUCACGCAAAAAGGUUCCGCUUCGACGAGGAGAGGCCCGCUGCCGGAGACGGGGACUUCUGAAGACUUUUAAAAAAU